UGCAGGCCUGUCAGUGAGCGGUGACGCGAUCAUCUGAUGACGAGUUAAAUUUAAAACGCCUGAAAGCACGAAACACGUUUAUAUAUUUAUUCAUGUAUGUAUGUAUUUAUUUAUUUAUUUAUUUCAGCUCAGUAUUGUGCAAUGCCUGAGAAAGACCCCUGUCAGAAGCAAGCAUGUGAGAUCCAGAAGUGUUUACAAGCCAACAGAUACAUUGAGAGCAAAUGUGAACACGUGAUAAGAGAAAUGCAGCGGUGCUGUGCUACACAUUCAGCAGACAAAUCUGUGUGUUGUUCUGGAUUCAAAAAAGAACAGGUAGAAGACAAAACAAAAAACAAAUGAUUAUUACUUCUGCAUUGGACAUUAAGUUAUGCAAGUGUUAGACAUUUUCUAUUUAAAUAAAAAUGUAAAAAACAAAAAUUGUAAAAUCUUUUUGGAUUUAUUUAAAUCCUUACUAUUAUCAUUUUUUAACAUUACAAUUGUGUCUUACUAUAAUGACCAGCACAAUAACUUACUUUGGCAAAAAAGUGAAAAGUACAAAAAAU